AUGCUUCUCUCGCCCGAACAAUUCACCCGACUCACCGAAUAUGCGGCUUACAGUUCUCAUCAGCUCAAAGACAUGCUUGUCGAGUUCGAACAGGAGGGAAUUUUCUAUAAAUAUCUCUCCGAUGAUUUACAGACAAUCGAUUUCGAGGGAAUGCGCCAUUUUCUUACCGUAUAUUUUGGUGCCGAACUGCCGCCAGAUCUCGUCGAGCAGCUCUUUCUCUCAUUUCUUGCAAAACCCACCUCGAAAAACCCUCAACCUGAUCGACGAUGCUCAGUGUUUGAAGAUACUCUAAACUCAGUGCGAACGAAUCUCUACACUUUGGGUGAAAAACUCGAAAAGCUUACGAGUAGCCACGAUGAUAAAACGAUUCAAAAUUUUGAUGGACAGAGAAUCCCGUUGAAACCGCUUGUUUGCUAUCUACAGCUUUUGGAAGGCGCUUCUCCAGAAAAUAAACUUGAAGUUGUUUUCCACGUUUACGACUCGGAUUGCAAUGGAUAUCUGGAUAAAGCGGAAACCGAGGCAAUCAUUGAGCAAAUGAUGAAUGUGGCUAAACAUCUCCAAUGGGACACCAGCGAACUUGAGCCGAUUUUGCGGCAAAUGAUGAGCGAAAUCGACUACGACAAUGAUGGAAUCGUUUCGUUGGACGAGUGGAAACGAGGAGGCAUGACGACGAUUCCACUACUCGUUCUACUCGGCUUUGACACCGAAAUGAAAGAAGACGGAUCACAUCUAUGGAAAUUACGUCAUUUCUCAAAGCCGACCUAUUGUCACGUGUGCAAAUUGUUGCUGGUCGGAUGGGGCGGUAAACAGGGACUCUCUUGUUCCGUUUGCAAGUACACGGUGCAUUCUCGGUGCGUGAGAAACGCGGAGACUUGUUGCAUUCGUACUUUCAGCAACCGCCAAACGGACACAAUGGCUCAUCAUUGGAUUGAUGCAAAUGCGGCUGAGAAAUGCGCCAAAUGUCGUGCGAAUGUGGGCGCUUUUCAGGGAAAACGCUGUCGAUGGUGCCACAACACGGUGCACUCGAAGUGUCUCUCACAAUGGCCGGACAUUUGUGACCUCGGUGCACUCAGCUAUCACAUUCUACCACCAUCGCACAUCUUCCCGGCGUUUCUCGAGCGAAAAACGAUUAAACAACCACAUAGCACUAAUCUAUUACAGGAGCGGGAUGGGGGCUGCUCACCGCGCACCCCUCGUGCCUCGACAUCGACCACCUCGGGCGAGGCACACAAGGAAUUGAGUGCUAUAUCACCGAGGCGGCCCACUCUUCGUUCUCGUGCUUCGACUCUCGACCGAUAUAAGCUCAUCCAGGCAAUCUCUCCGGGGACACAUUGCCGGCCACUCCUUUGUCUGAUCAAUCCGAAAAGUGGAGGGAAACAGGGAGUGAAGGUGCUUCGAAAGCUCGAGUUCAUGUUGAAUCCAAGACAAGUGUAUGAUAUUUCAAAGACCGGCCCUGAACCUGGUUUGCAAUUGUUUUCCACAAUCCAGAAUUGCCAUGUGUUGGUGUGUGGUGGAGAUGGAACAAUCGGAUGGGUUCUCGAGGCGAUGGAUAAAAUUUCUUGGGAGCAUGGAAGACCGCCAGUAGCCGUACUUCCGCUUGGAACAGGAAAUGAUCUGGCCAGAUGUCUUCGAUGGGGAGGUGGCUAUGAGAAUGAAAGCCUUCAGAAAAUCCUUCACAGCAUUGAAAAAGCACAACCUAUGAUGAUGGACCGAUGGCAGAUCAAGAUCGAGCAGCGCAAACGCUCCGACAAAGGAGAUCCACCACCAUACAGCAUUAUCAACAAUUAUUUUAGCAUUGGAGUGGACGCCUCAAUUGCUCAUCGAUUUCAUGUGAUGCGAGAGAAAUACCCGGAAAAAUUCAACAGUCGAAUGCGAAACAAAUUAUGGUAUUUUGAGUUGGGAACAACUGAAACCUUGAGUGCUACUUGCAAAAAUCUUCAUGAGCAAAUCGAUAUCUUGUGUGAUGGAGAGACGCUCGAUUUGGGAAACGGACCAACUCUUGAAGGAAUUGCACUGCUCAACAUUGCCAGUAUUUAUGGAGGAUCAAAUUUAUGGGGAAGAUCUCGUAAGCCGACUGGUCUCCGAGUGCCAUUGAUCUUUGCAACAGGAGGCAUGGGUGGGGGACUCCAGCAUCGAGUGCAAGAUAUCGGUGAUGGUCUCAUUGAGGUAGUCGGACUCGAGUCAGCCACACAAAUUGGACAGAUCAAAGCCGGAGUGCGAGCGGCGGCUCGCCGCCUUUCCCAGUGCAGUACCGUUGUCAUUCAAACUCACAAGCCGUUUCCGAUGCAAAUUGAUGGAGAACCGUGGAUGCAACCACCGUGUAUCAUUCAGAUCACUCAUAUGAAUCAAGUUCCCAUGCUUGUCGCGAACAGUCGAAAGAGCAAGUCGUGGAAUCUGUUGCGAAGGCAACCACCAAGUGAGGACAAC